AUGAGUUAUGAGGAGUGUUUACCAUUAAGCUCUGUUUUGUUAUCUUCACAUGAAGGAAUCUUCUGUUUCGUAAACCGUGUUAUUCAUUUGUGUUGUGGACCCUAUUUAAAGGACAUGGAUUGCGAUGUAGCAUCCCAUCACGUGGAGUCGUUCAAUUAUUUAGUCGAUCCUGGGCUGCACUUAGCUGCGCUUGAUGUACCUGCUGAGAAGUUCCGACUUCCUAACGGAGAAGGUGUUGAGUUGCGAUACACUGGAGCCAGGCUUGAAUUCCCUCAACUUGAAGCGAAAGGAGAAUCUUCAGUGAUUAAAAUAUUUCCCGCUGAAUGUAGACAGCGUGGAUUGACAUACAGGGGAGCAUUGAAAGUGGGUAUAGAAAUAUGGAUCAAUGGUACUAAAAUGGAUUUUUGUGAGCUCAUUAUCGGCAAGGUGCCCGUAAUGUUGAAAUCGAAUAGAUGUCAUUUACGAUGGCUAACUAAGAAGGAGUUGAUAGCGCAUGGUGAAGAGAGGUCGGAAAAAGGCGGUUAUUUUAUUUGUAAAGGUAGUGAAAAGGUUAUACGUUUGUUAGUAGCUAAUCGUCGAAACUAUCCUAUAGCGAUAGUACGACGCUCAUUUCGAGAAAAAGGAGCAUUAUUUACUCAAUUUGGUGUAAUGAUGAGAUGUGUUAGAGAAAACCAUUCGGCUGCAAUGAUGACGCUUCAUUACUUAGAAAGUGGUAGUGUUGUCAUUGCUUUACAGUAUCGUCGUGAAAUAUUCUACUUACCUUUAAUGUAUGUCCUCAAAUCAUUAACUUCAAUGAAUGAUCAAUGCAUCAAAGACAACCUUACUAGAUGUAGACCUGAUGAUCACUUUUGGGAAGGUUGUGUGACGACAAUGUUAGCACUGUGUAAUGAAGACGGCAUAGUGGACAGAAAAUCGGCUUUAAAUGCAGUUGGUAACAGAUUUCGAGUAGCUGCACAAGAUCGCAUUGGACCGUGGGAAAGUUCUGCAGAUGUUGGUCAUUUUCUACUUCGUUCUUGUGUUGCAAUACAUUUGCAUGAUGAUGAGGAUAAAUUUUUCCUUCUUUCAUUUAUGGCUCAAAAGUUGAUAGCGUUAGUGAAAGGGGAAUGUGCCAGUGAAUCUCCAGAUAAUCCACAAUUCCAAGAGGUGGUCAUAUCUGGUCAUGUACUUUUAUUAAUUAUACGUGAGCGCUUGGAAAUCAUUUUGGGUAUGGUUCGCAGAAAAAUCUUGUUUGAAGCUAAGCGAAAAGAAGACCGUUUCCUUUUAACAAGUCAUGAACUACUGCGUGCUAUUACUUCAAAACGGUUAAGUGAUAUCACACGAACCUUAGAAUAUUUCAUUGCAACCGGGAACUUAAUUACAAGGACGGGAUUGGCACUGCAACAAAAUAAUGGUUUUUCAGUGAUUGCCGAAAGAAUCAAUCAGCUUCGAUUCAUAUCACACUUUCGAGCCAUUCACAGAGGAGCUUUUUUUUUGGAUAUGCGUACUACCGAUGUACGAAAGUUGCGCCCAGAAGCUUGGGGUUUUAUAUGUCCUGUGCAUACACCUGAUGGUGCUCCUUGUGGUCUUCUGAAUCAUAUCACUGCUAGUGUGCGCAUAGUAACCCAUUAUUCAGAAACUAAUGCCUUACUGAAAUUGCUGGGAGGAUUGGGGAUGACGUAUCCUGUACUAAUAGAUGGGAAAUUCGUAGGUUAUGUAAAUCAAGCAGAUGCUCGACGUAUAGAAAGUUUAUUGCGUCAUUUGAAAGUGUCAGAUGAUAUUCGAGUGACGCCUUUUGCUGAAAUAGUUUUGGUAGAGAAAUCUAUAGAUCCACUCAAUGUUCUUAGUCAGUAUCCUGGUCUUUAUAUAUUUACAGAGCCAUCGCGUUUUGUCCGUCCUGUUACCUUCCUUCCGACUAACAGAAUUGAAUUUAUAGGAACAUUUGAGCAAGUUUACUUAUCAAUUUGCAUUGAUCCAAAAGAAGCAGAGCAUGGUGUGACACUGCAUCAGGAACUUCAUCCUAGUUGUUUAUUUAGUUUUUCUGCAAACCUAAUACCUUUUCCUGAUCACAAUCAGUCACCAAGGAAUGUUUAUCAGUGUCAAAUGGGUAAACAGACAAUGGGAACACCCAUCCACUCUUGGCAUUAUCGAGUUGAUAAUAAAAUGUAUCGCCUUCAAUUUCCUCAAAAUCCUAUUGUGAAACCUGAUCCAUAUGAGAGAUAUGGUAUGGACGAAUAUCCUUUGGGUGUAAACGCAUGCGUUGCAGUUAUUUCAUAUACUGGCUAUGAUAUGGAAGACGCAAUGGUGAUUAAUAAGAGUUCUUUUGAACGUGGUUUUGCACAUGGUAGUGUUAUCAAAGUUGAAAGGGUGAAUCUAGCCGGAGAGCGAUGUGAAAAAAAACAAGUGUUUCUCUGUGACCCGAAAACUACUCAAAAAAGUAUUGGUAGUGAUGGUUUGCCGAUUCCUGGACGUCUUUAUAUGGACGGUGAUCCGUAUUAUUCAACUUACGAUACUGAAACAGGAGUUUAUAAAAUACAUUUUUACAAAUAUGCAGAAUCAGCAUUUUGUGGUUCUGUGAGAAUUGUGGAAGAAACCGAGGCAUCAGUUGACGAUAAAAGAGGCAUAUGUCAUGCGUUAAUUCAAUGGCGUAUUCAACGUAAUCCGAUAAUCGGUGAUAAAUUCGCAUCAAGACACGGUCAAAAAGGAAUCAAUUCAUUUCUGUGGCCCACUGAAUCUAUGCCGUUUUCGGAAGCUGGAAUGGUUCCUGACAUUAUUUUCAAUCCUCAUGGUUUCCCAUCUAGGAUGACCAUUGGAAUGAUGAUUGAAAGUAUGGCUGGUAAAGCUGGAGCUAUGCAUGGUUCUACAUAUGACUCGUCGCCAUUUGUUUUUAAUGAGAAAAAAACUGCAAUUGAUUAUUUCGGACAACUUCUUGUUCGAGCUGGAUACAACUAUUACGGGAAUGAAACGAUGUAUUCAGGUGUAGAUGGUCGUGAAAUGGAGGUCCAAAUUUUUUUCGGAAUUGUAUACUACCAACGACUAAGGCAUAUGAUCGCUGACAAGUUCCAAGUGCGUUCAACGGGCCCGACAGACCCAGUAACUUUACAACCAGUGAAGGGUCGUAAGAAAGGUGGUGGCAUCAGAUUUGGGGAAAUGGAACGUGAUGCUAUGAUCGCUCAUGGAACUGCUUUCACGUUACAAGAUCGCUUGCUAAACUGCUCUGACUAUGACGUUGCUCACGUUUGUUCACGCUGCGGUUCUAUGAUGUCGAUGCUUAGAUGUCCAAAAAUGUCGAGACGUUGGGGUGAUAAAAAUUCAAUUGUGAAUCACAGUGAGCAAGAAAUAUGUUCAUUAUGUGGGAAAGAUGAUCAGAUUUUUGCUGUAGAAAUGCCACGUGUCUUUCGUUAUUUGGCAGCUGAACUUGCAGCAAUGAAUGUUCGCUUAAAACUUUCAGUGAAACAUCCAUCCAACCUAAAUCGCUAA